GCUGUCAUUCGCUCUCUGGCUCUCAGAGUGUGAGGCACGCUUUUCUGAAGCUCCUGGUGACUGAGCAGGUGUUUGCUUUCUGGACCCUGCUGGGAGAUCUAACAGUCUCCAGCAGCAAUAUGGGUCCCACCCUGGCAGUUCCCACCCCAUACGGGUGUAUUGGCUGUAAACUGCCCCAGCCAGACUACCCACCGGCUCUGAUCACCUUUAUGUUCUGCGCGAUGGUUAUCACCAUCGUGGUGGACCUGAUCGGCAACUCCAUGGUCAUUUUGGCUGUGAGUAAGAACAAGAAACUCCGAAAUUCUGGCAACAUCUUCGUGGUUAGCCUCUCUGCAGCUGACAUGCUGGUGGCCAUCUACCCCUACCCUCUGAUGCUGCGGGCCAUGGCCGUCGGGGGCUGGGAUAUGAGCCAGUUCCAGUGCCAAAUGGUGGGCUUCAUCACAGGGCUGAGUGUCGUUGGCUCCAUCUUCAACAUCGUGGCAAUCGCCAUCAACCGCUACUGCUACAUCUGCCACAGCCUCCAGUAUGAGCGAAUCUUCAGCGUGCGCAAUACCUGCAUUUACCUGGUCGUCACCUGGAUCAUGACCGUCCUGGCUGUUGUGCCCAACCUGUACAUUGGCACCAUCGAGUACGAUCCUCGCACCUACACCUGUAUCUUCAACUAUCUGAACAACCCCGUCUUUGCUGUGACCAUCGUCUGCAUCCACUUCGUCCUCCCUCUGCUCAUAGUGGGCUUCUGCUACUUGAGGAUCUGGACCCGCGUGCUGGCCGCCCGAGACCCGGCCGGGCAGAAUCCUGACAACCAGCUUGCUGAGGUGCGCAACUUCCUAACCAUGUUUGUGAUCUUCCUCCUCUUUGCAGUGUGCUGGUGCCCUAUCAACGUGCUCACUGUCUUGGUGGCUGUCAGCCCGAAGGACAUGGCAGGCAAGAUCCCCAACUGGCUUUACCUUGCAGCCUACUUCAUAGCCUACUUCAACAGCUGCCUCAACGCUGUCAUCUACGGGCUCCUCAACGAGAACUUCCGAAGAGAAUACUGGGUUGUGUUCCACGCCAUGCGGCACCCCAUCCUGUUCCUCUCUGGCCUCAUCACUGAUGUUCGCGAGACCCGGGAGGCCCGCACCCUGGCCCGUGCCCGUGCCCGUGCCCGUGACCAAGCCCGGGAGCACGUCCAUGAAGAAGAGCGGGUCUCUCCUGCUGUGGAGGAAAUACCAAUGAGUGUCCGGAAUGUUCCAUUACCCGGUGACAGUGCUGCUGGACAGCCUGAGCAUGCCUCUGGCCACCCCAGGCCAGCCUCUGCCCAUGCCAGGUCUGCCUCUGCACACCGCAAAUCUGCCUCAGCCCACCCCAAGUCUGUCUUCAGCCACCCCAAGCCUGCCUCCGGCCACCCCAAGUCCGCCACUGUCUAUCCGAAGCCUGCCACAGUCCACUUCAAGGCUGACUCUGUCCAUUUCAAGCCUGCCUCUGUCCAUUUCAAGGCUGACUCUGUCCAUUUCAAGCCUGCCUCCGGCCUCUCCAAGUCCAUCACUGGUCACCACUCCAAGACCUUCAGCCCUGCCACCAGCCGCCCGAAACCCACCACCGGUCACGUCAAGCCUGCCGCCAGCCACCAUGAGCCCACCUUCGCCGACUACCCUGCGCCUGCUGCUGCCAGCCACCCUGAGCCUACCCUCGCCACCCCUCCAGAACUCUCUGCCUCCAGCUCUUCCACUGGCUCCCCUGAGCCUGCUGCCAGUCUCUGGGGGCUUCCUGCUGUGGCUGCUGCCACCACCAGUGAUGAAGAUGACCUUCUGACCCCCACUGUGCUCACCACUGCCGUGGACGAGAUAUCCGUCAUCGACAUCGAUUCUGAUGAAUUGGCCGUGUGA